CCUCCACGUCCACCUCCCUGACUCGCUCACCCCUCCGCUUCUUACACUCGCAUCGGGCUCGACUUGUGGCCACUGCGCGCACAUCUGCUCGCGCCAUGGACGCCUUUAGCUCCAGCUCCGAGCUCUCCGAUGCACCCACGCCCGGGCCGCCGCAGACGCCGGGCCACCUGAGCCCGGCCGCGGCAGCGUCGCCCGAGCCCGCCGCUGCCACGGCAACGCCUGCCAGCUCCAAGCAGGCCAAGUACGGCAAGCGCGGCGGCGGUGUACGAGGGCGCGGACAGGCCGCUGGCGCACGCCGCUCCUCGCGGACUGCCCAGCCGAGCGGCUCGUCGCCGGCAGCCGCAGACGAGGCCAUCGGCGACGCGCUGCCGGCCGACGAGGCACCUGCGUCGCCGGCGCCGGUGCCUAUUCCGAGCAAGCAAAAGUCACGCGACCCGAAGCGCAAGCGCUUGAUUGUGCCGCCGCCGAAGCUGGAGGUGCCGGAUGCGUCGGCACCUCUAGAUGAUCAAGACGAGGCUGGCAGCUCGCGGCGGCCCUCGUCCGCACGCGCGCGCAAGUCGGCGAAGCGCGAGCCAGAGACGAUCACGCCGGCCAGCAGCAGCACUCGGCGACGCCGAGUCAAGGGCGAGACAGAGGCUGAGGCAGCGGCACCGGCGCCAGAGGAAGCAGACGACGAGGCUGGCGAGCCCAAGGUAGCAGAGCCGUCGCAGCGCAAGCUCAAGAUCAAGCUGAAGCGUGCUGCUCAGCCCGAGGCUGCCAAGCCAGAGCCGCGCGAGGCCGAGCGCGUCUCGCCGCCCACAUUCCGCAGCGACAGUGAGGACGAUUACGAGGACAGCGACAACGAGGAGGUCAUUGUAGCCACGAAGGGCCGGCGAGGGCGCAAGGCGCCGCUGCCCGACUUCAUAGACGACGCCGAGAGCGACGAGGACGAGGCGGGACCGUCUACUGCGUCCCGCGCCAAGAAGGACAAGGCGCGGCGAGCUGGCGGCAAGGCUGCGCCGCAGCCCAACAAGCGCAAGGCAGAUGGAGAGCGGCCGGAGCCGGCGGCGGGUGCUGGCAAGAAGGCCAAGCCUGCGGCAGCUGCCUCGGGUCCGCUGCAGCUGCCGCGCAAGGCUGGCGAGCUGAGAGCAGGCGAGGUGCACAGCGAGCCAGCUCGGCCACGCUCGUCGCUCCCGGGGCCGUUGGGCGGCGCCGGUGCCUCAGCGUCCGCCGCGUCCGGCAGUCCAGCUGCUCCAGCGCCCAUCAAGAAGCCAGCGCCGCGGCCGUCGGGCAUGAGUGACUUCUCGUCCAUCUUCGGCGGCUCGCCUGCGCCGAAGCCGACUCCGCCAAAGCCUGCUGCGCCGCCGAGCGCCAGCAAGCCAAACGUGCGUCCGGCGGACGCCCCGCCGCGACCUACGGGUCCCAAGCCGCUGGGACUCGCCACGAAGAAGCCGCUGCGCCCGACGACGCCGAGCAUCGGCCGCUCCGCGCAGCAGGCUCCGGCAUCGUACGGCGCCAAUGGAGAGCACGUCACUGCGGAGGAGAUGGCUGCGCGGCGCAUCGAGGAGCAGAAGCGCAACGCAGACACGUCGGAUCUGUUCGACCUGCUCGCGCCUGGCGAGGGUGUGAUAGCAUGGGAGGAAGAAGCGAAGCGACUGGCAAAGGCGCAUCCCGAGCAGUUCCGUCCCGUGCGGCCCACGCGCAGCGCCGACACGGCUGCCUUUCUCAUCCACAAGAUCAAGGCUGAGCUCGCCAGCCAGGCGAGCGCUCCACCUGCGGGCGCGUAGAAUGCGAGCGACUUCACCAGC